AAACAAUUCUUCCCAAGACUUGUAGUGUUCUCCAAUACUACAUCACCAGCUCACCCUGUACCUAUAAAUACCCGUACAGCACAAAGCUACCAAAUACAAGAAUCACCACUAAAUAAAUUAACUGGAGCAGCUAAUCAACAGUCGGGGGCUUCUUCUCUCAUUCGAGCCAACCAUGAGCUGCAGCUCGAGCUUUGCGAAGGCCAGCAGCCUCGCCAUCCUCCUCCUGCUGGCUCUCACGCUCCAGCAGCUCGAGGCAGACAUGUCAAUGUCGUGCUCCGGCAUGCUCACCGACUUGUCUCCGUGCCUCGGGUUCCUGCAGGGCGAGGAGGACUACCCCUCGGCCGACUGCUGCGACGGCGCGUCCAGCCUCGUGGCGGCCGCGGCCACCACGGCCGACCGGCAGGAGGCGUGCGAGUGCCUCAAGUCGGCCGCGGGAGAGGGCAGCGCCGAGGUGACUGCUUCGCGGGACUUGCCGGCCGACUGCGGCCUCUCCCUGCCGUUCACUAUCUCCCCCGACGUCGACUGUUCCCAGAUCGACUGAAAUGAAAUGGACACCCCCUCAUAUGGCGGAUCAGAUGAAGACAAGGAGAAAGUAUCUUGAGCCAUGCCACAAUGAAAUAAAUGAUCAUGUGAUGUAACCAUUUGAUCUUAUUAGCCACAAGAAAAGGAACAAAAAAAAGUAGACGAUCUCUCGUGUCAAUUGCGUGUGCCAUUUGUUUUUAGUAUUUUCUUGGUUUAUGCCAAUAUGUAAUAGUGUUGUGUGUGCUACUAUUACUAUACACCUUUAUGAACACACUUCUAA